CCAAGGCUGUGGCAGGAAGGUCAGCGGUGGGUAUAAGAGGUGCUGAGCCCCAGGCGGGGUCUGUCCCCACAAGCAACAAUGGCUCUGCUGUGGCUGCUGAGCUGCCUGGUGCUGGCGGGCUCUGCCCGUGCCACCCUCUCCCUGGCGAGCUGCGGUGUGCCCGCCAUUGCACCCAUCAUCCAAGGCUACAACCGCAUCGUCAACGGGGAGGCAGCGGUACCAGGGUCCUGGCCAUGGCAGGUGUCCCUCCAGCGCAACAACGGCUUCCACUUCUGCGGUGGGUCGCUGAUCAGUGAAAACUGGGUGGUCACUGCUGCACACUGCGGUGUCAGGACCACUGACACCGUGGUGGUUGGUGCUUAUGACCAGGACUCACCUUCCCCUGAUGAGCAGAGGCUGACCAUCAAGAAGGUCUUCAAGAACCCCAAGUUCAACGUGCUGACCAUCCGCAAUGACAUCACCCUGAUCAAACUGGCCACCCCUGCCCAGCUGUCUGCCACUGUGUCACCCGUCUGCCUGCCCCAGGCCACUGAAGACUUCCCAGCGGGCUUGACCUGUGUCACCACUGGCUGGGGGCUCACUGACCCCAAUGCCUCGUCGACACCGGCGGUGCUGCAGCAGGUGGCCCUGCCCCUGCUCAGCAACGUGCAGUGCAAGGCGUACUGGGGGUUCCGCAUCAGCGACGUGAUGGUGUGUGCCGGUGCUGAUGGUGCCUCCUCCUGUAAUGGCGACUCCGGGGGCCCGCUGGUGUGUCAGAAGAAUGGCGCCUGGACCCUGGUGGGCAUCGUCUCCUGGGGCAGCAGCACCUGCAGCCCCAGCAUACCCGCUGUCUAUGCCCGUGUCACCGAGCUCCGCCCCUGGAUCGACUCCAUCCUGGCGGCCAACUGAGGCCGGCAAUAAAUACUGUCACCCCCA